UUUGGCGCAUGCGUACUACGGCAAAAACGGUGCAGCAAAGCGUGGUCGGAGAGUGGUUCCUCGCUGCAGAGAAACCGCACCGAGGCACCAGGAUUAUGAAAAAGGAAUAAAACGCGAAUUACAGCAGUUUUCCUCACAGGAACACUUUGACAUGAAAAGGAAAGACGCUCAAAUUCCACAAAUCCCAAAUGGAAACGUCCACGUUGAAGAGCACUCCCUCCUGUGAAAUCCAAGGAAAGCGGCGCUGCUGCUUUGUGCGAAGGAGCCCGUCUCGUUUGUUGACCGCAUGAAAAACACAGCGACUCAUUGGACAAUUCCAACCGAGGAGCCAGACGCUAUACAUUCUUUAUUUGUUUUCCGCCCAAAUUCCACUGGCGGGAUGCUUUAGCGCUGCUCUGCUGUGAAGGGCUGAAGAAAAGGACAGCGUGGAAAUAUGGGUGAAGUUGAAGACCCGAAGCCCACGAAGAAGGUCUUCGUGGCACCGGCUGUCAAGCCUUUUGAGCACUAUGACUUCUCCCGGGCUAAGAUCUGUUGCAGUCUCUCAUGGCUGCUGUCCAAAGCAUACGGGGCAGACAGCAUCCCAGCAGACAUGAAAGAGCCCUUCUACACGGACCAGUAUGAGCAGGAGCACCUCAAACCCGCUGUGGCUAGUCUUCUGCUGUCCGCUGACCUCUACUGCCGGGCCGCCAGCCUUAUCCUGAAAGGUGGUAACGGUGAACCUCUACAGGGCCACGACGCUGUCAUCCAGGCUCUGGCCCGGCAAGGACUCUGUGUCACUGACCAUGAUCGGCUUGUCACCAAGAGGGACCUUCAAAAGCGGCCCCUGCAAAUGAGCGCUCAUCUGGCAUUGAUUGACUCUCUGCUGCUAGCGUACGCAGCAAAAACUGUGAGUGUGGAGAAGGUGAUGGCUAGCAUUCGCCAGUAUUCAUCCCGCCACUCUGAGGAGGAUACGCCAUACGAUACAGAGGAUGCCGUCACCACCUGGAUGAAUAAGAUAAAUGAGUAUCUGAGAGACAUUGUGGCUCAGGAGCAGAAGACAAAAAAGGAGACACAAAUUGCAGAGACUGCAGGAAAUCCUCGGUCACCAACCAAGUGGUACAUGAAGCUUGUGCCUGCCCGCUACAGGAAAGAGCAAAGCAGCGCUCAGGUGAUUCCCUGGAUCCCUCCGGUGGAUGACCUGCUGAAGGACAGCACAGAUGGCUCAGCACUGGGUGCUCUCUUGCACUUUUACUGCCCCCAGCUGCUGCCUCUCCAUGAUGUGUGUCUGAAGGAGAGCAUGACACUGGCCGAUCAUCUCUACAACGUGCAACUCAUUCAGGACUUCUGCAGAGACAACCUGGACGGCUGCUGCCACUUCAGUUUGGAGGACAUGUUGUAUGCCUCGUCCAGCCUAAAGAAUAACUAUUUGGCGUUCAUGGCGGAGCUGUUCUGGUGGUUUGAGGACGUUAAGCCCUCUUUUGUGAAGCCUAGAAUCUUGGACCACGAAGCCACAGACCCUUCAUCCUUGUUGAAGAAUAUCCCACCCAUCUCAAAGGCAACCAAGAGCAGCUUCCUGGAAAGACCCCCCAGUCCUGAAAGACCAAGUUUGCCCCUGCGACCUCUGCCUGGAAAUUCAGCUGAAAUCAAAAGGUCAACGUCCAUGUCCUUUGUUGAUAGCAACCUCGGUACCUGGCCCAAAGAGAAAAGGCCCGGGCCCUAUGGAGUCUCCUUUGACAUCCCUUUCAACAAAGAGGAAAAUUCUCCUGCACCUCAUUCCGCCACACGUGGUAUGGUCAGGUCCAUCAGCACUGAUGACGGUUCUGGUUUCAAGGUCCACCAAUUUCCUGGUGGGAUAAAGCGGAACCUGUCCUUCCAGCCAGUGAAUGGUCAAAGCAUUGGCAUUGAGGAGGAGGGUUGCCCAGAUAGCCUAGCGGGAAUGGAACCUGACAGGCAGACCUACCAUGAUGGAUCCUGCAGAGUCACAGCAACAACUCCCUCCAUGGAGGAAGCCCUCCAGAUCAUUCACAGCCCAAGCAGGCCUCCUGUGGAAGGUAUCAACAAUGGCUUCUUCCUGCACAGUCCGGACCUCGGCACAGGCAUCGGUAGCUUGGAGCCAGUGUCCGAGUUGGACUCCAAAGGACUUCUGAGCCCGACGGACACCACAGAGAUUGACACUGGUAUCCACAUUCAUACAGAAGACAUGCUGGAUGAGGAUUCCUCGCUGAAAGACUGCUCUGUGAACAUGGACCUGGACAUGGAUACACCCAGCCCUUGCUCAAGUAGUCAGAGCAAAUCCCCCUCUGCAAUGAGGAUGACCAACUUUGCCGAGCAGAAGAUGAAGAAACUGAAUCCGUCUGCUACCGACUCUGGGCGGGAGAGCAGCAGCUCCCUAAAAACUACACCAGAGGGUUCAGAUUUAGGUCUGCCAUCAGUUUCAUGGGCUCCGACUCCUGAACACAGUCCCAUUCAUCAACAAACACCAACCGUCCCUACUAAAGCGUCAUCUGUCCAGCUUCCGCCCAAUGACCCUGCUCAGGUCAUGGCAACAGAGAUGGUCCAGCUGAGGAUGCGACUAGAGGAGAAAAGAAAAGCAAUUGAAGCGCAAAAGAAGAAGGUGGAGGCGGCUUUUACCAGGCACCGGCAAAAGGUGGGACACUCUGCCUUUCUUACUGUGGUGAAAAGAAAGGGCGACGGAGCGUCAAGUGGGGGCGAUGAAGGGGGCAAAGUUGAUGGCGAGGGCAUGGCUGCAAGUCCCAUCUUGAGGUGUGGUCGAAGCAGCGCAGACACACCUGACGGGGCGGAGCAAAGCAGUACGAGCUCCUGUUGGCAAAAGUCCCCUGGUGGAGGCGAGGAGGGUGGGCAAGGCCACGCCCAGCACACCGAGGCCGAUCUCACCGAGUAUACGCGCUCCAUUGAGAAACUCAACCAUUCUUUGGCCUUCCUCCAGACUGAGAUGCAGCGGCUGGCUCAGCAGCAGGAAGUCAUCAUGGCUAUGAGGGAGAAGCAACAUCAGCAGGCGCGGGUCGCCCCUCCCUCUCACGCAAGCCACUCGCCACAAAAGUACAACCGAGGUGGUGCCGUCACUCGAUCCUCAGGACCUUCCUCCCCAGCAGACUCGCCUCGCCCGGCCCACCGUUCUCCAACCAGCAUCAAGCGCAAAUCCGCCUCAUUCCACUCACGCAACCCUCGCAGCGUCCGCCCCAGUGAACUCAAGUUGGCGCCGUACCACCGUGUCCUCACCGCCCCUCAGUCUGUAGAUAGCAUCCCCCGAUUGCGGCGUUUUUCUCCCUGCCCCCCCACAGCCAGCUCCUUUGUUUACAUGGGGGAGAAGCCGACAGCUUCCGGCCUCCAAUCAGCCAACAAGGAGACAGACUCGCUCCUCUCCCCAGACGGGGAGCUCAGUGGUGUCUGUGCAUCUCCUCCCAGCUCUCCUAAAGGGGAGCAAACACAGGAGGACUCAAAGGCCCAAUGCCAAGAGCCGGAAUCUCCCACCUAUUGCCGCCGCUCCACUGAUAUGGAAACCGUUGGCGUAGAUCUUAAACGUGCACAAACAUCAUUUCCUGAAGUUCUGGCCCAUCCAGUAGUAGAGACCUUCACGGUGACCCCCACAGAGAUCCCUGUGUUGCCGGAAGUCCAGAGCCACCUAAUUGAGGUUCCUCUGUCGGUCGUGAAGCCGCUGGAAGAUCUGACGCUUGAUGGCAGCGUGGAGUUGGAGUUUGGAGGUGUGGAUGUCGCGGAGGAGGAACAGAGGCUGUGUCGUGGCUUCUUCUUCAAGGAGGACGGAAAGGCAGAGGAAAACAUGGCUCAGAAAAGGGCAGCCCUGAUGGAGAAGAGGAUGAGGAGAGAGAAGGAAAGCCAGCAGAGGAAGAUGCAGCAGGAAGCGGAGCUAGAGCAAAAGAAGGAGGAGGCUCGGUUGAAAGCCGAGGAGGAGCGCGUCAGGAAGGAGGAAGACAAGGCCAGGAAGGAGUUCAUCAAGCAGGAGUAUCUCAGGAGGAAGCAGCUGAAGCUGAUGGAGGACAUGGAUACCGUCAUUAAGGCUCGACCAGCCGGCAGCACCAGACAGAGACGAGGGCGACCCAAGUCGAUCCAUCGUGAUAGCCUGGACUCCCCAAAAACUCCCAUCCGAGCUGUAGCAGUCUCCAGCUUGUCCUUGGCAUCCCUCAAUCUGGGAGACGGCGACAGCGUACAAUCAGAGAAGAGAGCACAGAGAAGUGCUAGUUUAGCCUCUGGUAGUCUCCUCUGCUUUCUUAGCUCUCCUAAACUGAGAAGGAGACGGCCGGAUUCUGCAGAUGGUUUCCUGUCCCCAAGUCGUUCCAGUAGCAGGAAUGGGGAGAAGGACUGGGAGAAUGGAUCCACCACCUCUUCCGUUACAUCCAUCACAGAGUACACAGGACCCAAACUCUACAAAGAGCCAAGUGCCAAAUCGAAUAAACACAUCAUCCAGAACGCACUAGCCCACUGCUGCCUCGCCGGAAAGGUCAAUGAGGGGCAGAAGAGCAAGAUCCUAGAGGAGAUGGAGAGAUCGGAGGCCAACAACUUCAUGGUUUUGUUCCGAGACACCGGCUGCCAGUUCCGCUCCCUGUACACUUACUGCCCUGACACCGAGGAGAUCAGCAAACUGGCAGGCAUCGGCCCGAAGAACAUCACACGCAAGAUGAUCGACGGCCUCUACAAGUACAAUUCGGACAAGAAGCAGUUCAGCCUGAUACCAGCCAAAACCAUGUCGGCCAGCGUGGACGCCGUCACCAUCCACAACCACCUGUGGCAAACCAAGAAGCCAGCCACCCCUAAAAAAGUCGUGCCUGUGCCCCAGUCCUGAUGGAAACUGAACAAAAUUGCACUUUCAUCGCAUAUUUUCAUGACGAUUCCAACACCUGCAAUUCCACAUCGUUACUUGUCAUCCCUCAAUCUUCUGCUCCAAAACGACAAACAAUGUACACCACUGAUGAUGAAUGAUGUAAAUAUCUGUAACUUUUUAAAGCCUAGUUAUGUCGGAGUCUAGUUUCUGAAAGCAUGUGAGUACUGUUUUUAUUUCCUAUGUGCCAAAUGUCAAAAACGAAACCGUAUGAAUGCUAGGACAUUUUUCUCAGAACACUGAAGCACUGAAUGUUUACAAUUCAUGUACAGAUUGGUUUUCGUUUGCGAUAUGUUGUUUUUUUGUGAGAGCGCAAUGACGUGAUUGUAACCCGACGUACUCGGUUGCUUUUUAUGUAUUUGAAGGAAACCUUUGUUUAUGGGUAGAUAUGUUUGUAUGUUACAGUACGCAAAUCAAAAGGGCCAAAAAGAUUGCAUACAGCUAGCGUUUGCCACACACCACUUGUGUGUUCAAAUCAACAAAGUCAAACGGUUUCAGCUUUUUCAGGACCAAUUUCUUUGGAGGAAUGUAGGCCAUCACUCCAUCACAUAUCUUGUGAAAGUGACAACAGCGGAAAUGAUUAAUUUGCGAUUUAGUUAUUGCACUGAAAAAGAUGCUUUUGAAUGAUAUCCAGCAUAAAAUGGCCAAAGUGAUUCCUAAGAGCUCUGUUGGUUUUGAAUGGUUCUCAACAUGAAUCAGCCAAGGUAGGAAUCAAAGACCAUAUUUCCUUUCAAAGAUGAAUGCUCUAUCAGAGCCAUGUUUCUUGUCAGUGCUCUGCCAUCUUCAUUUUUACCAUCUUUCCUUUAGUUUCCAGGCAUCCUUGUUCAACCUCAAAGCAGGAACUCGGAUCCAGUAUCCUCUCCAUGUAGAGUGACGCCCUCAUCCAUCACGUCCCAUGUAAAGGUGAUCAAUUUGUGUGUAUUGAACACUUUGGUCUGUGACAGUGUUCCACUUUAGUUUUAAACAUUGUACAAUCACAAAUGGUGCGCACAGACUAAAGCACACACUGACGACUUUUUCUUAGAUCUGUAGAUUCACACUCUCGACAUCAAAGAUGAACGCCUGGUAAUUCUCUUGUAGUCAAUGUGUGUUUGCAAUGAUUAUGAGAGUGUUUUAGCUGCAACAUGUGGAGAUUAGGAAUAUUUUCUACUUUUCUUUGUCGCGGUAGAAGGCUGCAUACGGGUAAAAAAGCCACCACUUUUUUUGAUGUCACGAACACACGUGCUGACAUUUUUAACUUGGGUAGGGGCGGGUAUUUAUGACUGAAAGAGAGCAUGUAUAUUUUGUUUAUGUUUUGCUGUCAUCUGGUAUGCUGGUUUAUUGACCACAAAGGGAGCAAGGGAAUGUGUAAGAUUAUUGUACAGUCGGUGUGUUCAUGUGCAUACUUGCUAUAAGGACUUUUCAUGUACUUCCUUUGGUUUUGCUGCAUUAAAUAAACCCAGCAUGGCCUCCAAAUACAGUAUAGUAUGUGUUUGUAAUUCAGACCUUGCAAAAGCAAUUAGCUUCACUUCAGAUUUGGGACACUGUGCAAAGGCCACAACAUCUGGAUUGAUUUUUAAACUUUAGACCGUAAUCGUUUUGAUAGUGACAAU